AUGCUCAAUGGGUCUUCAGCUAUUACUGAUAAUAUGUCCGUCGCCGAGAUUAAGGAUAAGGCUAAAGAGCAUGCACAGAAAACAGCCAGAGGUGCCUCUGCCAUAUCGCUCAUUCGAGCAGCUCGCUUUCAGACUCAGGUAGCCCAUAGAUGUGAAACCAGCCAAGACCUCAAAGGCGCUCUCGGUGCUCUCACAAAGGCUAUAAGCUUAUUGUCGAUGCUUAUGGAUAGCUCGGAGUUCCGAGCAGAGGAACAACCUGGCAGGAAGGGUCGUGAUGGAAGGGAUCUCCAAAACCGUGUCGCUCACCUGGAAUCGAGGUUGUUGGACCUUGGGAAGGCUGCAGGAACUGAUACCUCGAACACUGUAGAAGGACCGAACAGGAAAAUGGGAACGACUAUUGCUGAUCGCUUGCGGUCUUUGCAGGAUGCUGGUUUGGCCGUCAGUACCUCUAAAGAAUCUAAACGUCUCUCUCGAGAAUUACCCAAUCCACCUGUUACACCAUUGUCUCCGGAUGCCACACGUAGCCGCUUCUCUGCGCAAAUCACAUCGCCUCCCCCUCCAUUGACUAGCCUGAUACCUCCUUCGGCUCCUGCCUCAGCUGUACCUUCCCCUCAUGCAACGGUCCCAUUGUCCAGUCUCGGUCCCCCAUCGCCAACGUCCUCAGAUUCCUCAUCGCCUCGAUUAUCUCAUAUCAGUUUGUCAGAGUUUGCGCAUACAUUUCCUUCGAUCAGUGAGUUGGACGAAAUGAACGGCCUUUCUUUUCCGUCAGUGCCGAAUGCCACUGGGACACAGCCAACUGCAGUUAAACCCUUCCCAGUACUUUCGAUAGAUCCCGGCCCAAGGCCUUCCAGUACUCCAAUUACACCCAUUACUAAUCACUUCAUCAGUCGACCAGCAUCGCCAGCUAGGUCUCCAGUCAUCACCUCGAAGGCCUCUGCUCUUGGGCUUUCGUCGUCUCCACUGAAACCGUCGAUACCUGUCUCUAAUGUAAUACUUCCGAAGGCAUUGUAUGAGUAUAUUAUCGACGGCUCGUCCUUGGAGGAUUCUCUUCAUGUUGCUCCAAGCAACGAACGGGUGCUCUUCGUCAACCGUGAUAAGUUCGAUUUGGUAGCCAUGUAUGAUGAAUCAUCAGAAUUAUACGAUGAAGCGCAUGGGCCACUAUCGUCACUGGUUCGAGUUAUUUAUGAAAAGGCUUUCCGAAAAAUUCUCAGAAACACACCGAUGCUAUUGGUAGGAGGACUGCAAGCGUGGAAAAGGGAAGUUGGAAGUGACGAAGUCGUCAGAGCACCAUCGUCUACCGAAACCCCGCGCUUAUGGACUUCUGCUUCCCAAAUUCCCAUGAACGGGACAGAAAAGCCGACCUUGUCUGAACCUAACGAACGCUCUCGGCUUCCAGGUGUAGCAACUAGCUCUCCUCGUCUAACACCGCAAAGUCAUGCUGCAAAUGGCAUUAGCGAUAACACUACAAGUCUAGUUCGCAGGCAUGCAUUGAAUCGGCCGAAUUCUGCUUCUAUAUCGUACCCCAAUAAUUCUGACAACUCAACUAAUUCUCCCUCCAUAUUACCACAAUCUAUGGCCAAUGGUACAUCAUCUAUACAAUAUCCCCAAUUUUCCCGGACAAUGUCAUCAACUACGUCUAGCUCUUCUUCCUUCUCCUCUUCUCCAGCUCCUCUUAGCUUUGUAUCGCUUCCACCUCAAGCGUCCAUCAACCCUUCCCCCUUAUCUCGCCGUCGAAGCGAGUACAUGGAUAUUCCUCACAGUCCGCUUGCUGCGCUUGGCCAUCGCCCUUCUAUAGAUUAUCCAGACCUUCCUUUGCAUAAUAUUCUCAGACCACCUCCACCUGCUGCGUCUCCCGCUUCAGAAAGGCAGGAUAGUCGGCCAAGGCUGAUGCACGCGCAUUCAUAUUCGGUUUCAGUACCUCAAUCUAAGGCGGGUCCCAAACCGCCGACCAUCCAAUCUGAGUAUCCUGUGACCUAUUGGUCCGAUGUGCAGAUCGUUACUUCUGGCCUCAAAAACCUCGGCAAUACGUGUUACAUGAAUUCGACCAUUCAGUGCCUAAGCGCCACUGUCCCUUUUGCCCGGUUUUUUACUGAUGGUAGGUGGAAAAAUGCAGUGAAUAUGCUAAACCCUCUUGGCACCAAGGGUAAUUUAGCACUUGCCUUUUCUAACAUUUUAUACGAAAUGGCGCACUCCGAACUACCUCACCUCACUCCUAAUGCUUUUCGACGAUCAAUAUGCAGCCACGCGCCACAAUUCAGCGGAUCGGAACAACACGAUUCGCAAGAGUUCCUGAGCUUCCUCCUCGACGGUCUACACGAGGACUUGAACAGAGUCUUACAAAAGCCGCACUAUGAGGUGACACCGGAACGAGAGGCCGAGCUAGAAAAGCUACCACAGCAGAUCGCGAGCCAGCAAGAAUGGAAUUUAUAUCGCAUGCGAAACGAUAGCCUCGUCGUGGAUUACUUCCAGGGACAAUUUCGAAAUCGAAUGGAGUGCCUUACAUGUCAUAAGACAUCUACCACUUAUAACACAUUUAUGUAUCUCACCUUACCCAUACCAAUCGUUAGAGGGUCGUCGAAAGUGAGCCUGCAAUCGUGUUUGGAUGCCUUCGUAAAAGAGGAAAUCCUGGAGAACACCGAUGCCUGGCAUUGUCCGAACUGUAAAGCUCUUCGCAAAGCCACCAAAAGACUUUCCUUGUCUCGUCUCCCACCAAUUCUUUUAAUCCAUCUCAAACGAUUUUCAUUCAAAGGCCCAUUCACCGACAAGAUCGAAACUGUUGUCGACUUUCCUUUACGUACGCUCGAUCUUACCAAUUACAUGCCUCCCCCACUCCCGCCUGGUAUGGAUAAAGGCAAUAUGAACGGUGCAAAUUUGUCUACAGAAGACCCCAGAAUGCAAACACCUCCCUACAAAUAUGACCUUUAUGGUGUCACAAACCAUUUCGGAACACUGAGUGGCGGUCAUUAUACUGCUUUUAUCGCCUCUCGUGGAGGCUGGGUGUAUUGUGAUGACAGUCGUGUCACACCAACGGAUGCCAAGCAAGUCGUGGGACGCCCCGCUUAUGUCUUAUAUUACAAGAGAGUCCAAUCGUGA